AUGAAAAAUAUGUUUGAUAAUUUAAAAGAUCUUUUUGACAAAUAUUGUUCAUAAAAUAGAUUACUUGAGAAAAUUAUUAAAUUAGAUGCCACCAUACAUUUUACUAAAACAAUCUCUAUGGAUAAAGUUACAAUAAUUAAAAUUAACAAAUAUGAGAUAUUUGAAUAUCAUUAAAGAUAAUUUCGAGAAGUUAUUCUUAUUUAUUAUUUCAUAGACACACAAUAUACUUGCUGAAUCUCGUAUGAAACAAUCAAGACCUUCUUUAGUAGAAAUGUAUAUGGAUCCAAGAGUUUAUGGUAUUCAAUAAUAAGGUAAAUAUAAAUUAUAAAUUAGUCAAUAACUCAGAAGUGGAUUCUAAUAGAAUAGAUUAAAACAAAUCAUUUCUAACUGUAGGAUAAGUCUUUCCAGAAUUUGUUUAAUACCAUCCCACUGAAGUAACACUCAAACAUGAAAAAAAUAUCUUUUUUAAAUAAGACAAUAAUAGAGUCAGUAAAAAUAUUAAAGAAAUGAGCUUUUUUAUAUACUUUAACAGAAUAAUGAUCAUUACUCUUUAUUUAUUAGCAGGAAUAGCUUUUAUUAAAGGUCCCUCCUUAACCCAGCAUGACUAAAUUUUCUCUGAAGUAACAAGUUUUUAAUCAUAAUAUAGAUUAAAUAAUUGCAACUUAUUUCAAGGCUUUCUUUAAGUAUAAUUUAAACUUAUGAACAUGCUUUGGAUAUUUAAUUAUUUGAUUUGUAAAAUACUACUGACAUUGAUGUUCAAUAAUAUUUGUAACAAAAAUCAGAUCUUCUAUAAUAAUAAAUACAAUUUAUUAAUCAAUCUCUUAAAGCUUAGGAGUUUAUUGAGAUCUUAUUUGGAUAUUAAAUGCUUAAUAACCCUAUAAAUGAUUUAAUUGCUUAAUUUAUGGCCAUCUUAAAUUAAUGGAAUCAAUCUGAUUGGUAGAAUAUCAAUUCUUAAUUCAAUAUUUUGGAUGAAUUUAGAUUAAUCAUAAUUCCAGAUAUUUAAACAGGUUUGCUCAAUUCCUAUUCACAAUAAUAUAAUAACUAAAUGAAUAGAUUACUUGAGUAUUAAUAAUUUGCUAUUGUUGAGAUUGUUAUUACAAUUUGUUUAACUGUUUUCUUUAUCAUUGCAAACUAAUAUUUGAUUCUAAAAGUAAUCAAAAAGAAUUAAGUAUUUCUAUAUCUAAUAUAGGUUAUAAUCAAUUCUUUACAUUUAUUAUCAAAAUAAUAGAUUACAACUUCUAUAGAAUAUAUUUCUUGGUUAAAACUUCAAUUAAAAUUCUUAAUUGAUUUAGAAACUAUGAAGUUUUUGAAUUAGAAAACUCAAUAAACAUCUUAUUGCGAUUAAUUAACGAAAUAUGAUAAUUAAGAAUAAAAUGUUUUAACUAAUACUAAAGCUAAUUAAUAUAUAGGAUCUAAUCAUUGGAUUUAAAUUAAAGUAAUAUUAUUGUUAUACUUUUAUAGUUCACUUUUUUGAUGUAUUAUAUUUUAUUUAGCAUAAUUAUAACAUCUUUUUUUUUCUAUUAUUUACUUUUUCUUUAAGAAUUUUAGAAUGGAGCGUUGACAAUAUUUAAUGAGAAUUAAUUUGUAAAGAAUCCAAACCAUCUUUAUUCUAUGGUGAGUAUAAAAGAACUUUACAUUUAUUAAUACAUUAAUAAUUCAUAUAAAGGUAUUCAAUAAAUAAAAAAUAACGUUUAAAACUUUAUUGAUUAAAUAGAAGAUUAGUAAGAUGAAAUCUAUGAGACUAAUAUUGAUUUAGUUUUUUAAAUGUUUUAUGGAAACUAUUGCGAACUUAUGUUAGGUUUAAUUUGAUAUAAAUAUAGAAUUAUUUCCAAAUACAACAAUAAACAAAUAUGAUUAAUGUAAAUAUAAAUUAAGUGGAGCAUUCACAAGAGGACUAAAUCAAUAUCAUUUAUUAUUGAGUUAAAUGGCAUAUUCUUUAAUGAAUUUAAAUGACACAAAGUAUGAUUAACCAAAUAUAUAUUCUCUAUUUGAAUUUAGUGAAGUAAAUUUAAAAUAUAGAAUUAUAGGUAUAAUAUAAUGCUUAUGAAAUUGAAUAACUUACUUUAAACAUCUGGUGUGAACAGUACUUUCUAUAUGCUGAUAAUGAAAUGUUUGUGGAUAUUCUAUUAAUGUAUUAUAAUUGUUAAUUAUUAGUUGUUUAAUGA